UUUUUCAAAGCUGGUCCUGGGCCAUCUACUCAGAGUUGGUAGUCUGGAGAGCUUGUUAGAAUACAGAUGUCAGCAGGCUAUCCAGACCUCCUGGAUCAGCCUCUCUGGGCAUGUGGCCUGGAGAAUCUGUAUUUUUGAAAAGCUCCCCAAGUGAAUCCUCUGCCUGCAAGCCAAAGUUUGAGAUCUAUUCCCUAAAUUGUAACUAUAUCCUGGAUGUUCGUUUUCUGAAACAUCCAACUACGGAGUACUCAGGAAUCUUAAAGGCCACCUUUGUGCCUUACUCCAGCCACCCAGUGCUUUUAAUAGUUCCUGAGUGUGUGUUUACACUAUCUGCAUUUUAUGAAGUCCAUAAAGACAUAUUUACUCAACAAGUCACCAGCGCUCCAAAGGUCAGCUUCCCUCGAUUUGUAUGAAAGGCUCUUAACUCCAAAGUCAAUUAACACCAAGAUGGAAGCCAAUUAAGACAAGGAAGUGAGCUGUUUAGGCCGACACUCCAUCCCUAACUUUUGUCCCCUGUUGUAAUUUAGUUUUACAAGUUCCUUCAGGCCAGUUAACUUUGCUUAGCUUAUGCCUGUGUGGCCCGGUCCAGUGCACAGGUAAAGUGCCAUUUGACAGGUCAUCAUGUGAGAGUGCUGUUUGAAGGCACGUAAUUAAAGUAACGAUUAAAUGAUACCGUGUCAGCACUUUGGCAACUGACCAAAUCAGCUUACCUGCUUGCACGCCGCUGGGGUACCCUAGGAACGCUGGGGAAGGAGGGCAGGGAGACCCAGUCUCCCUCCGUGUGGCUUGUAGAGCCUGCUGUUGGGUGGCUUGCACGUCGCUGGGGUACCCUAGAAAUGCUGGGGAAGGAGGGCAGGGAGACUCAGUCUCCCUCUGUGGGGCUUGUAGAGCCUGCUGCUGGGUGGCUUGCAUGCCAUGGGGUUACCCUAGAAAUGCUGGGGAAGGAGGGCAGGGAGACUCAGUCUCCCUCUGUGGGGCUUGUAGAGCCUGCUGCUGGGUGGCUUGCAUGCCAUGGGGUUACCCUAGAAAUGCUGGGGAAGGAGGGCAGGGAGACUCAGUCUCCCUCCGUGUGGCUGGCUUUGUAGAGCCUGCUGUGUUGGGUGAGUCUUGCCUGGGCCCAGAGCUGAGUCAUUCCUCAGAGGAUUAAGUGAGAUAACCUGGGUUGCGUAUUCAGCACAGUGCCUGGUACAUGGAGCGCAAGCAGUUGAAAAAAGGCUAUCUGCUACAGCUGAUGUUGAUGAUUAUAACAUAAAAAUGGAAAACCCUGAGAGAGAACGAACACUUCGGGUUAGCAGUUGCAGUAGUCGGGAACUUCAGCGGAUAGGCAUUCCACAGUGAAGGCAGCCAGAGCAGGCAGCCUCUGGACCCCUUCCAGAUGCCAGCCAGCCAGGUGCACUGCCCUGAGACCCACUCCCCCAGGGAAAGGAGCAAAAAGCUAGGUCCCCUUUUGAUAUGAUUUGAGAACCAUUUUCAUCUAUUGAGGUCAAGAACCAAGAUGUGACAGCUAUAUUGUGCGUGUCAAGGCUGUGGUUAUGACCAGAGAUGACUCCAGCGGGGGAUGGUUCCCACAGGAAGGAGGCGGGAUCAGUCGCGUGGGGGUCUGUAAGGUCAUGCACCCCGAAGGCAAUGGACGAAGCGGCUUUCUCAUCCAUGGUGAACGACAGAAAGACAAACUGGUGGUAUUGGAAUGCUAUGUGAGAAAGGACUUGGUCUACACCAAAGCCAACCCAACCUUUCAUCAUUGGAAGGUCGACAAUAGGAAGUUUGGACUUACUUUCCAAAGCCCUGCUGACGCUCGAGCCUUUGACAGGGGAGUGAGGAAAGCAAUCGAAGACCUAAUAGAAGGCUCCACAACAUCAUCUUCCACCAUCCACAAUGAGGCUGAGCUUGGUGAUGAUGACGUUUUUACAACAGCUACAGACAGUUCUUCUAAUUCGUCUCAGAAGAGGGAACAACCUACUCGCACAAUCUCCUCCCCCACAUCCUGUGAGCAUCGGAAGGUUUAUACCCUGGGUCACCUCCACGACCCAUACCCCACGGACCACUAUCACCUCGAGCAGCCGAUGCCAAGGCCCUACCGCCAGGUGAGCUUCCCUGACGACGACGAGGAAAUCGUGCGCAUCAACCCCCGGGAGAAGAUCUGGAUGACCGGCUACGAGGAUUACCGGCACGCCCCGGUGAGGGGCAAAUACCUGGACCACACGGAGGACGCGGACUCCUACGUGCGCUUCGCCAAGGGCGAGGUGCCCAAGCACGAUUACAACUACCCUUACGUGGACUCGUCAGACUUUGGCCUCGGCGAGGACCCCAAAGGGCGUGGGGGCAGCGUGAUCAAGACCCAGCCCUCCCGGGGCAAGUCCCGGAGGCGGAAAGAGGACGGGGAGCGCUCCCGGUGCGAGUACUGCCGGGACAUGUUCAACCACGAGGAGAACCGGAGGGGCCACUGUCAGGACGCCCCCGACUCCGUGAGAACUUGCAUCCGCCGGGUGAGCUGUAUGUGGUGUGCAGACAGCAUGCUCUAUCACUGUAUGUCGGACCCCGAGGGGGACUAUACAGACCCGUGCUCGUGCGAUACCAGCGACGAGAAGUUUUGCCUCCGGUGGAUGGCUCUUAUUGCCUUGUCUUUCUUGGCCCCUUGUAUGUGCUGUUACCUGCCUCUGCGAGCCUGCUACCACUGCGGAGUGAUGUGCAGGUGCUGCGGAGGGAAGCACAAAGCGGCCGUGUGACUCGGUUUCCCUCCCAACCCUCUCCCGUCCACAGCCCCAAGGGGACUCGUCUUCUACAUCUUCUCAUCUCCCCCCGCUCCCAGGUACCCAAGGCGCCUUUCCAGCCUGGGGAGCCUGCCUGGUGGACUCAGCAGCACCCCCGCCGCCCACUCUGCAUCGGCCACACCCAGGCACACGCGCACAGUGUUCUAAGGAAAGGACUCUCUGCCUAGACGCUCCUGUAUUAUUAACAAUCUGUAAUCAAGCUAACUAUCUCAUACAGGUGUUGAUUUCAUGUCCUUCCUGCCCACCUUGUCCAGUUUCAAGGCACCUGCAGCAGGAACUGCUGAUUUUUUUGGUGGGUUUUGUCGUUUUUUUCCCCAAGAGCUCCAAAGGCCAUCUUCCUCUUGGUUCUAGCUUGCCUGUUGCUAACGAGCUUGCUUCCUCAAGUUCCUGUGGUAAUGGAUUGUCGGAAUGGUGAAACCCUACCAUUUUUGAACCUGUAUUUUUGAACCUGCAGUCAGUUACUAUGUAUAGGAGGUGAUCUAGUUAACAAAAUUCUACCACAAAACGAGAUCGCUUUAACGUUUCUAAAGCCAAACUUCCCAUGUAAGCUGCAGUUUCUGUCUAGAGCCCAUCAUCUUGUCUCUCUCGACCAACACCCCCAAAAUCUGUCAGUUACUCACUGAUGCAAAACAUUCACUCCUAAAAUGACUGAGAAUUGAGCCUUAACUUCAGAUUAACUUGUGAGAAUCAGGAAAAUCCUUUAAACUGCAUUGUAUCCUCUCAGACCAGGGCUAGAAAGGGGAUUUCAGGUUUCUCUGAGCCUCCCCACUGACCCUAAAGUAGUAGAUCUUUUUAAAAUUAUGUCACCACCACUUGUAAAAAUUUAGCAAUACCAGAAGAAAACGCUAAUGAAGUAAGAAAUUUUGCUCAUUGUUUUGCAAACCAAAUAGUCUCUUUCAAACAAACCAGUGUUCUCCCGAACAUGGUCCGGUUAAGAAACACUAAGGUUGUGGUAAGUAAAACUUCAAAGGAGCUUUCUUUCCCCCCAGUGGCUAUUUUCUAUUAACUGGGGGAUUUUAAAUGUCAUCAAUUUGAAGAGUGGUGGCUUGCAUUCUGUUCUUGGGUUUGUCAUUUUGUUUUCAUUUUGGACUCAAUUUCACGUCACCAAAUUCUUCGUUUAUACUUAGGAAAAAACAAGGCCAUAUAUAAAAAAUCCUUCCAAAUGCCUAAGUGUCUUUCUCCUGCAACCCUAAACCCAGACUUGCCACUUUGACUGCUCGGAUGGUUAGUUCAGCAGUCUGGGUCCACCUGUCGCCUUGCCACGUAGAAGGCUUCUAAUUAGCUGGAAAAGAAUAUUUUUCUAAUAUAGUGCAAGGAAUACCCAAAUCUUACUGCAGAAAGGGAAAAAAAAAGUGAAGAGUGGUUACCUAUACCUCGCAUUGUACAAUCAGAACACCGUGGAGAGCACAGGGGACAGGCUCGUCUGCGCCGGCUGUUCUUCCCGCCAUGAUCUUCCUGUGGCUGCUGCCAGCUGAGCGCACAGCCUCAUUCCUCUCUCCCCACUCCCCGCCCUCAACCAUCCCUUCUCUACUGCACACAGGACAUCAGUCUCCAAGGAAAGGGACUUUUUUCCCAGUCUGCCAAUCAUAUUGGGAAAGUGCUGGCCACGCUUACCUUCAUGGGAACAUUCUCAGCUUACCUGAGAGUGCUUUGCAUUUCUUCCUCAGAUUAUCCAUGUAAAUACCCAGUGUGCUUAUGAGUUUGUUUGGUAGGUGUUUUCGUUUGUUGGAGUGACUGGUUUGGGUCUUCCGGUCUGGGAAAGGGGCAGAGAUCUAUUAAUCUGGUGGUGCAAGACAAGAACCACUUCCCAGCUUGGAGAACAUCUAGAAAACCUUCCGCCAGCCUCCAAAUGCUGUUGAGAGACCAUCUUCUCCCCCAACUCAACCCCCAUCCUGAGGCAUCUCCUCAGGGUCUUUCUCAAGGUCUCCUCUCUACAAAGCACAACACUAAUGUAUGUUCUGUUAGACCUCAGUUCAAGUGUCCCUAUUUAUUUCAGUAAGAACACACCUGUUCUGGCCACUUCUUGUUUGCCAUGUCCGUCUAGCCAUCAUCUGUUUCUAUCUUCCUUCGCCCCUUGUCCUUUUCCACCCCUUUGAAGAGUUAACGCUGGUGAAUCUUAGGCCGCGCAUCCUUUUUGGUUUGUGAAGAAGGCAGCGGUGAAGGGCACAAGGACAGCCGUGGGGACAUUUUAUGUAAAUACGUCUCUCUAAUUGCCACACUGCAGCCAAACAGUCUGUCGUAUUUUCCCAGUCAGCUUUGCCAUACUUAACGUCAAUCAUCUGAGAGAAAUUAUUCAGAUUUUAUUUUUGUAUCUGUGGUAACAAAACAUUAACCAAAAGAUUUUCUGUUUGGAAGCUUCCCCUGAUCCCAACUAUGAAGCUAUUUGCUCACAUUAACAAAUUAAAGUGCCUGAAGCAUAAUUCAUUCUUUACCUGUAUACUGAAAACCCCGUUGUAUUGAUUUUUUUAUAAUAAGCCUUUUUACCUCUGUGUAAAAAAAUAUAUAUACAAGUGUAUGAUGUACAUUUUAGUUCUUAACUUUUUUUUAUGGUUUCUAAUAUGUAUGACCAAUGUAGCCAUUGCUUUAAAAUGUACCAUGUAAAUAUAAACACAUCCUAUCAGA